GUGGCCCCCCACCCCCAUCCCCCAGGUGUGUCCCCUCGUCUGCGGCACGAAGCGGGUGCGUGAGAGCGGCGUGCACGCAACGCACGGACACGCAGACUCAUUCUAAGUGUGUUGGACUUGGAGACAUCUGCUGGGUCUCCAGGAAACUGCCUUUGAAAUUGAACCCUGACACAAAGUCUUCUGUCCUUGGUUCCAGUCAUGAGUCCCGGACCACAGUUGGGGACAGACCCCCCCCAGGACUUUGAGCAAAGUAAGGAUGUGAAGGAUGGAUCCAUCCUGCCCGCCUACUCCACCGUGGACCUGGUCAACCAGGACUCGGGUCAGGAGAAUCCCUGGGACCUGCCGGAGCUGAAAGACACAGGGGUCAAGUGGUCUGACCUGGACACCAAAGGGAAGAUCAUGCGUGUGCUGACGGCUUUAUUGAAACUGCUGACUCUGCUGGGACUUCUUUACUUGUUCAUCUGCUCGCUGGACGUCCUCAGCUCAGCUUUCCAGCUUGUUGGAGGCAAAGCUGCGGGGGACAUCUUCAAGGACAACGUGAUUUUGUCCAACCCUGUGGCCGGCCUGGUGAUCGGAGUCCUGGUCACGGUGUUGGUGCAGAGUUCCAGCACGUCCUCGUCUAUCGUGGUCAGCAUGGUGUCUUCUGGAUUGUUGGAGGUGCAGUCGGCUGUGCCCAUCAUCAUGGGCGCCAACAUCGGGACCUCGGUCACCAACACCAUCGUGGCCAUGAUGCAGGCGGGCGACCGCAACGAGUUCCGCAGGGCCUUCGCCGGCGCCACGGUCCACGACUUCUUCAACUGGCUGUCGGUGCUGGUUCUGCUGCCCCUGGAGGUGGCCACAGGUGUGCUGUACAAGCUCACCUUGGUCAUCAUCAACUCCUUCCACAUCCAGACCGGAGAGGACGCCCCGGACCUGCUCAAAAUCAUCACCGACCCCCUCACCGAAUCCAUCAUCCAGCUGGAUAAAUCUGUCAUCACGGCAUCGCCACGGGAGACCCGGCAGCCCGGAACAAAAGCCUGAUCAAAAUAUGGUGCAAAAAGAAGGUCA